AUGUCUCCAUUUCAAGCCCCGUAUGCCUACCUUCCACCACAUUUGGCUUUUCCUUCCACUGCUACUACAUCUGUGACUGAAGUGGAGUCCUACUUGAAACAAAGAGAUGACUUGCUUGCUUUACUAAAAGAUGCUCUCCAGAAAUCUCAGGAGAGAAUGAAGUUUUAUGCUGAUCAGACAAGGACUGAUAGAGUAUUCUCUGUAGGAGAUAAGGUUUAUCUGAUACUUCAACCUUACAGGCAGGCAUCUGUGGGAAUCAAAAAGAACUUGAAGCUAGAUGCAAAGUAUUAUGGGCCAUUUGAGAUCAUUCAGAAGGUUGGUCUUGCUGCAUACAAACUACAACUCCCAGCUGAAGCUAGAAUACAUCCCGUCUUUCAUGUGUCACAAAUGAAGCAACACAUUGGUGCCACUCACAUUCCUUCUCCUUCACUUCCAGCCUUAGAUACUGAUGGUCAAUUCCUUGUCAUCCCUGCUGCUGCCUUAGCUUCAAGGACCAUCAUAAGAAAUGGCAUCUCUGUCCCUCAUAUACUCAUCCAGUGGACGAAUUCCUUACCCUCAGAUGCUACCUGGGAGGAGGCAAAACAUAUUGCACAUCACUUUCCCAAGUUCAAUCCUUGA